CACAGAAGAUCAGUGCAGACAUGGAAAUGACAUGUCCAGCUGGCCGAAUGCCAAAAUUCACAGGCAGUGACAUGACACAGAAGAUCACUGAAGACAUGGAAAUGAAGUGUCCAGCCAGCCAAAUGCCAAAAUUCACAGGGAGUGACAUGCCACAGAAGAUCAGUGCAGACAUGGAAAUGACAUGUCCAGCCGGCCAAAUGCCAGAAUUCACAGGCAGUGACAUGACGCAGAAAAUCAGCCCUGACAUGGAAAUGACGUGUCCAGCCGGCCAAAUGCCAAAAAUCACAGGGAGUGAUAUGACGCUGAAGAUCAGUGCAGACAUGGAAAUGACGUGUCCAGCAAAAUGCCAAAAUUUACAGGGAGUGACAUGACGCAGAAGAUCAGUGCAGACAUGGAAAUGACGUGUCCAGCCGGCCAAAUGCCAAAAUUCACAGGGAGUGACAUGACGCAGAAGAUCAGUGCAGACAUGGAAAUGACGUGUCCAGCCGGCCAAAUGCCAAAAUUCACAGGGAGUGACAUGAUGCAGAAAAUCAGCCCCAACAUGGAAAUAACGUGUCCAGCCGGCCAAAUGCCAAAAAUCACAGGGAGUGAUAUGACACAGAAGAUCAGUGCAGACAUGGAAAUGACGUGUCCAGCCGGCCAAAUGCCAAAAUUCACAGGCAGUGAUAUGACGCAGAAGAUCAGUGCAGACAUGGAAAUGACGUGUCCAGCCGGCCAAAUGCCAAAAAUCACAGGCAGUGAUAUGACACAGAAGAUCAGUGCAGACAUGGAAAUGAUGAGUCCAGCAAGUCAGAUCCCUAAGUCAACAUACAGUGAUAUGACACAAAAGACUGAUACAGACAUGGAAAUUACUUGUCCUGCAGAGCAGAUCCUGAAGAUACCAGGCAGCAAUGAAAUGACUCAAAAGCUCUUAUCAGACAUGGAAAUGACUUGUCCUGCUGGCCAGAUUCCCAAACUGAACAGAAAUGAAACAUUUCAAAUGGCAAGCCUUGGCUCUGAAUUAACAGGGCCAGCAGUGAACAAGAAGCGCCGAAAGAGCAUACUUCGGACGGCUACAUCCUCACAUGAAGCAGAAGCUAGCAUGCCAAAGGAAGAGAGGACUGUGAUGUUUAACUUGGACCCACAAUUCCACUGCAGCCUAAUCAGUAAUGCUGAAGAAAAUAAUGACAGACAGAUGAGUGAAGGUAAACAGGUGUUGGGAGACAGCCAGGGUGAUGCUCAGCAGGGCUCUCUUGUUGGUGAAUCUCAGAAAGUAGAGAAACGGCUAGUGUUGCAGUCUUUCCUUGAGGUUCCAGUGAGGGAAGGAGACUCCCAUGAAAAACAAGGGGAGGAACAGCAAACAAAUGCUUUACGAACAAUGAAAAAUGUUGAAUGUAAUGAAGGAAAUGAGAAUGCUGGGAAUUUUACUAAAGGAAGUGGCAAAAGGCUGCAAGGAGUGUCACCAGAUGAGUCCUCUCUCAAAGUGUUUCUUAGUGAGGAAGGACCCAAAUGUUCUUUGUCUGUAAUUUCUGCUGUUGGCCAAGUGGAUGAGGAUAACAAGACCCAGAAUAUCACCUCAGAUAUGAAUGUGACAUGCUCAGAAGGAGCUUCCAAGAUAAAUCAUGUCGAGGUGACUGCCUGUCCUGCAGGUCAAACAUCUGAGGUGACUGGUGAUGUGACCAAAGAGGAACAGUUUGAUCAAGGACUCAAUAAAGAACAUAAUAAAGAAAUGCAGUCCAUCUCUAAUGGUGAAUCUGUCACAUUGGAUGAGUCACUGGAUGGCAUCAACCUUGUUAUGGAGAACUCUGGUGACAAUGCAGAGACAUGGCUGCACUCAGAACCUGCACUGAAAGAAAAGCCUCUGGAGAGUUCCUACUGUGUGUCAGAGAUGAAGCAACAGUCUCAGAGUCGCAGAAAGUCUCUAGCUGCUGAUGCCAUGGACUCUGUCUUGCCAUUAAUGAGCUCUUUUAUGGAACGUAUAUCAAUGAUGAAUCAUGAACAAUCUCAGUUAGAGGAAACAAUUUUGAAGGAGAUGACACUAGUUGAGGAGCAAGGGAAGGAGGUGACAUUGUCAGCAGAGCACACUAAGGUAAUGUUACAUUCAGUGGAAGGUGAACUGGAAGAUAUGAGGACAACUUCAGUUUGCAAUGAAGUUCAUGAUCCAGUAGAAAUGCAGAACUCACACAUUAAUAAUAGCAUACAGGGGUAUCAAACCACUCUUGACGAUAGUGAAGGAACAGGAACCGUGAAACUUCACCUCACCAGCCUGGAGCCUACAGCUACAGCAAUGACUGUAAAGGAUAUACCACAGACACUUGGUAUGGCUGAUACCAGUGUUAAAGAAACGAAAAACAUCUUGGUUGAAGAGGACUGUCUGAAGACAACCAGGAGUACUGAAAGUCAUGAGAAUUCAUUGACAGAAAGAAUGAAUGAGAACAGCAUGCAAUUAGACAGUGAUCCUGGAAAUGCUGAAGAAAAGAAGAGAGUGCAUGAUACAUAUAUGGCUGAGGAAAAAGAAUCAGAAAUGGUGACAGAAGAAACUACAGAAGUGUCCUCAUACCCUAGUAGUUGUGAUGUCAGACCCACCACAGUUAAGAGAUCUGCUCCCUCUGAGACCAUGGCCCAGAGUAUCUUGACAGUGUCCUUGGAAAACAGUGCACUGCAGAUCAACAGCAGUUUAAUUCAGCAGUGUAACAUGUCAGUAUCACAAAACUUGACUCAUGACAACACCAGCUUGCAGUGUGAGCGCUGUUGUUCUACAGAGGGUUGCAUUGUCUUCCAGUCCAAAAAUGCUGUAUGGACUGUGAGCAAAGUUUACAACGGGGGCAGAUGUUUGUCGCUGAAGCACACACCGCUGGAAUUAGACCUGCAGCUGUCUCAGUGUGACAACCACUGGACGAUUGUUACAGCUUUGUGGAAACCUCAGACCUCUGAAAUACAGAACAAAUGUGGGCGUCUAGUGAUGAGUGUACUAGGGUGCCGUGUGGGAGCAGCUGUCACCAGAUUAAGUGGACUGGUAUUCUGUGAAGCCAAGGAAGCCCUGGCACAUGUAGUUACAGCUUUCAACAAUGUGGUUGACCUCAUUCUGGAAAUGAAAAUCUUAGCAGCAUUGCACCUCACCUCUUUUGAGUCAGACAGUGUGAAGGUAACGCUGUUCAACCUGAAUGCUCAUGUGAGUGUUGAUGUGACAGUCCGUGUGCAUCCUCCAGAGGAGGCACCUGAGCAUCCCUACACACUGCAGCCAGCUGCCAAAGUCACCAUUGGGAACCUUAGAUGCCAGACACUAGAUGAAGCUAUGAGUGAAGUCAGCUCUGGUCCACGGCAGCUUCUGAGGCUCAUCCAGGCAGCCAACUCCAUUGUCCGGAAUAUGUCUUGCUGACUCCCUUGAAUGCUAAGAGCUUUUUAAAGUGAGCAAUAGACUUGCACCCAGAUCAUGUUCUGUUUUCAUAUUUUAAGCAAUCAUCCCAUAGAACUAUAUUUAUAUAUCUGAAGUGAAAUAGCUACAUGAACCUCCAGGAAUAAGAAAUGCUUAAUAAAAGUUUUAAGUAUUUUAUCGCAUACAUUUUCUAACAUAAAAAAACAGAAAUACAUUUUGUUACCUUGUUAUUGUGUGCCUAAAAGGUAAUAAAACAAUGCUUAUAUGUAAAUAUGAUGUAAGUAUCUGAAGAUUUUCAGAAUUUUGAAGACUAGUUGUAGAUACAUUUAUUCUGUGAACAAGAAUUUGAUGUAAAUCCUCCUUUUGAUUUUUAUGUAUUCGGAAAUAUAUUUUCAAAAGAGGAAUGCAGAAAAAAUAUUUUAACUUCUGAAGGUCCUGGUAUUUACUUUUCUGGAAAGGACUUUAUUUUUAUUGAUAUAUGUGUUCAUUCUUGAAAUAUCUGUCCACUUUUAUGUUUUAAACUAAAAUGCAAUAAAAAGUGCAAAUA